GUGCGAUUUUAGUUGAACAAUAAAUAAAAAAAGCAUGUCCUUUAUUCUUUCAAACUUGUCAAAAUGUUUCAUCCUAUCUCAUAUAGGUCUGAAUAUGUGUUUGUAAAUACAUGUGGGUAAUAAUACAAAUUGGACUUAUAAUUUUAGUUGAUCAAUAAAAAUAUACCGUUUAUUCUUUCAAAUUUCUUGGGGGUCGUUUGGAUUAGUGAAUGUGACGGGGGAUUUAUGAGUGAUUUUAAAACAAUCUCUCGUUGUGCAGGAUUUUAAAACAAUUCUGCGUUUGGAAAGGUGAGAGAUUGUGGGCAUGAGGAAAUUCUAAAUCUCUCAUAUGAGAGUUUUUAAAAUAGCUGAUGGGGAUCAGCUAUUUCACAAUCACUCAUUUUUUCUCAUUCUUUUCCAAACUCUGCCCCUCCUUUUGUUCUUCCUUUCUUAUUCUUCCUUAGGGAUUAGGGAUGGGUAUAAUUGUAACUUUAAUUUUUAACUAAAAUCCUUCAUCUAUUCCCAAACAUGUUAUUUGGAUCAAAUCCCACGUUUAAAAUACCUGGGUUUUUAAUUGAGAGAUUUUAAUCCAAAUCCCUCAUUUACACAUUCCCUAAUCCAAACGACCCCUUGAGAGAUUCCAUAUUGUCUCACAUCGGUCUUAGUAUGUGGUGUAUUUCUUGCUACGUAUUGGUCUCUGUCGUCUUCACCAUCACUAUAUAUAUAUUUGGCUUUGAAUAUGAUAUCUCUUAUUCUACCUUGACACUGAAACUUCGUUCGGCUCUGUAGAUUAGGAAGAUGAAGGGACUGAAGCUGAAGAAAGCUCACUUGAUGGAGAUUCAGGUCAAUGGUGGGAGUACUGCUCAGAAGGUCGACUUAGCGUACGGCCUUUUUGAGAAGCAGGUUCCAACCGAUGAGAUGAGAUUAGCGUACGGCUUUCGGCCGUCUCAAGGCCUGAUCGAGAUGAGAUUAGUGAAAAGGACUGGAGUGUCGUUAGUUAGUUCUAGCACAAUAGUCUGAAUCCUGUAUGAUUCUGCACUAGUUGCAGGCUUGCAGCCUUGUUUAAUUGACUUGCUGAUACGACUAUUCAUAGGCCCAACCAUCACUAGGCACAAGCAGCCCAACCCAAGAGUUGCUACCGUGAUUACGUGCAUAAGCCCAACCCAUGCCGAGAGAAGCUUCUUGUUGUAUGAGCUUGGGUUUGUUGGAGUCUUGUUAGCAAGGAUGAAGAGGUCAGCAGAUUGUUAGAGUUAAUGGUGCAAGUUGUUAGAGUUGGUGGAGGAAGUGCAGUUGAAGUAGAACAAAACGUUGAGUUGGUUCCACAUAGAUAGGGUCUUUCUAAUUCUAUCUAUUUAAGGUAGGUAAGAGUGAACGGAAUAGAAAGCAAACAAUAUUUCAGAAAUAGAAACCUCUGGUCAUUCUCGUCAAGAAAGGAGAAAUUUGGUCCACUCCCGCCAAGAAAAGGGAGCUAUCCAAAUCCAUCACGUAUGACUUGCUUGAUUUUGGAGCUUGUUCUUGUUAAUAUUACACAUUGAUGCAAAUGGAAUUGAAGUUCCUAAUUAUGUGAUUAACAUCUAGAAAUCACAGUUCACUUAAAACUUACCAUCUUAUUUAGUGAUUACCUGUUUUUAAGCUUUAUCAUUACUUGUUGGGCUAAUACCACUACAACACCCGAACUAUCCGAAAAAUGUCACUUGUGUCCUAUUGUAUCAAACAUUCCAUCUGUGUCCUGAACUAUUACUCUGUUAGUGUUGACCAGCGUUGACUGUUAAAAUUUAACAGAUUGUCUAGUCAGCGUUGAUGUGGAAAAUGACAUGGAAUUUUUAAUUCCAUUUUAUUGAAGAAAAUAAUUAAAAUAAAAAAAUUGAGAAAAAAUUGAGAAGAUAAGAAUCGAAUUUUGUCUUUCCUCUCUAUCCCUCUACGCCCGACAACUCUUCAGAGCGACCUUGACCCCCGACGAUUCUUUUAGAGAAACCUCACCGCCUGUCAAUUGUCGUCGAAACUCUCUGCUCCAUGGCAGUUUGCAUCACUGUAGCCUCUACUUUUCAGCUGGAAAUCACUUCAUUGGAAGAUUCUUUGAAGGGAUCGAGAGAUUGAGCAUCGUAGAUCUAGAUUCUCGAGCACACCCGGCAACCCAAUCCGCCACCACCAUACUCAUCCCACUCCGCCGCCACUCGAAUCGGACCCGCCAACCCACUCCGCCACCACUCCAAUCCGACUCGCAAUUGCAACCUCCAGCAAAAUCGACCCUCUAGAAACUCUCGGGCCUCCGAGCCGUCAGCUUCUCCAAAAAUCGUCGCUGAAACCUCCUUCGCGGCGGCGAGUUCCGUCCUACCGACCCAGGCUAUGAGCUCAUGCUCUCUACUUUGCCUAUCAGUUCCACUCUCUCCAUACCUGCAAUAUCAGUUGGCGCAUAAUCGGGAGACAACAGUGGGGGUAAGGUGGAUAUUCAGAGGGGGAAUCACAAGUCUCGGCUGGAGAAUCUCAUCGCAGGAGAGAAGAAGUCGAUGGAUUUUUCCAUGGCCGGAGAUUGGGGAGGAUGGAUUUUUUCAUGGCCGGAGAUUGGGGAGGGCGGAUUUUUCCAUGGCUGGAGAAUCUCAUCGCAGGAGAGAAGAAGUCGGUGGAUUUUUCAAUUUUUUUAUUUUUAAAGUUUUAUUUAAUUUAAAUUAAAAAAUUGAGGUGUCAAUGACUUGACAUUGCCACGUAAGCAAAAGUCAAUGUUAAGUUGAUCGCCGUUUGGUCAACUGUUAUUUGUCUUUUAAGUGCUUUGCGAGUUCGAUACCCAGCAAUACUAAAUUUUUUUAUCUUUUUACUAUUAUUUGUCUUUUAAGUGCUUUGUUUGCUUACGUACAUUUUUUUACGUUAUUAAAUUUUCGCCCCCCCCCCCCCCCAACUUAAAAUUCUAUCUCCGCCCCUGCCGUCAAGCCUUCUAAUCACGUUGUCGCUCAAAUGAAAAACCCCAUUAUCG